AUGAGAACACGGUAUCGAACAGAAAAAAAAAAAAAACGGAUUUUGGCUUUUCUUUCGUUUUUUUUUUCUUUCCUUUUUUUUUCCAACUUCACUUUUUAUUAUAUAUAUCUUUCUCUCCUUUUUUCAUAUUUAUUUUUUGAAAAGCAUUGGUAUUUUACAUGUAUGAUGCCAAGCAAAGUAACUCUCUCUUCACCUCCUGUACAACUAGCCAGUUUGAAUGACGGUACUAAUGAAUUCCAGCCAACUUCCUUGGAAGAUCCUUCUCAGCAACACCAACAACAACAACAACAACAACAAGAACAAUACCUACCUACUGAGACAAUGAGACCUCCUACACCACCCAAACCAAAGCAAUCAAUGCCUGCCUGGAAACAAGCGAGACAACAACGUAAAGAGAGCAGUAAUAAUACAAGUGACCAACAUUAUAGCAAAGUCACUGAUCAACAACAUAUCACAAAAUCAUCUAGUAACAAUAGGAACACUGGAAAAUCAACCAAUAACGCCUAUGAUUACGAUCAAUAUCUAUAUCAUCAACAAGCACUACAAGCUGAAAGUAUCAAAAAGCGCCCAGGACACAUGGAUGAAUUAUUUAUAAUGGAGGAACAAUUGAAUCAUACGUGUCGAGAACGCGAUCAACUUGUGGAAGAAAACUCGACUCUCAAAUAUUAUCUUCAUCAUUUACAAUAUCGAUUACAACAUGCAGAAUAUAUGUGGCAACGUUAUUAUUCUCAGCUUAAGGAUGAUAAAUCUCUUCCUUCCGCAGCACGUCAACAAAGACCACCAUAUCCCUAUUCAUAUCACGAUUAUUUCACUCCUUCACUACCUAUUUUUGGUCCUCCUACGAUGAUGGAUUUUCCUCCACCCAUGAUGUCUUCAUUGAACCUAUCUGAUAUCUCCAACCAUCACAGCAAUCGAAGGGCAAGACGACAUCGAAGCAAAAGUCUACCUCGAAAUAUCUCUCGACAUGGUGACAACGAAAAAGAUGAUGAUGCACCUUAUAUUCGACAACCUAUGAUGUUUCAACCUCCUAUGUUUGUACCACCCUCUGUUCCUAUGAUGAACAAGUUACCUACUGGAAGACCACCUAUACAACAUUUACCAAGAGGAAGAAUGAAUAUGGAAAACAAUGAUGAUAGUGAUUCGGAAGAGUUGGGUGAUUUUCUAGGACAAAAGAAACGUUCUUAUGGACUUAAGACAAAUCCAAUUUUUCCACCUCAUGCUUUUUAUCCACCUUUCCAUCAACAUCCUCCUUCUUUUGGUGAAAAUGAUGAUUAUUAUUCUGGUCAACAAAAUGAAGAAUGGCUUAUGGAACGACACAAUACAAGCAGAGCUAGCAAACAUGGUGUAUUUGAUGAUCCUCACAGCGCCGACAUUUACAACAGACCAUUUAGGUCAUCGCAACAACCCUUAUUUUAUGGACAAGAACCGUCUUAUGAACGUCGACGUUAGUAUAGUAUUUUAUUUGUUUUGAAUAUCAAUAAAAGAAUAUAUUAAAAAAGU